UCAUGUUAGUGUAACACCAGGCCUGGUGUAACACAUGAAGUUCAUGAGGUAAAUCAGCUGGGUUGAGGAUGAUAAUAUUGGCCAUGAAGUUUCAUGAUGAGGUAAUCGUGCAUCAUAUCAGAUGUAGACAAUUACGGAAAGAAAAUUUGAAGGAGCAAAGACAUUGAGAUGUGCAUUUUGUUCCUAUACUUGUGCAAGGAGCCAAACCCUGAUAGAUACCAUUUGAUCAUUGCAUCAAACAGAGAUGAGUUUUAUUUCAGACCAACAGCCAGUGCCAAGUUUUGGGAGGAAUAUCCAAACAUAGUUGCAGGAAUGGAUCUUGAGCCAGGGAAAAUAGGUGGAACAUGGCUUGGUAUGACAACUGAUGGUAAAUUUGGAGCUGUAACAAACUACAGACAGGCUCCAAAAUUCAUCGAUUCCAAAGCAAGAGGAAGAGGUCAACUUGUGCCUGAUUUUUUGAAAGGAAAUGCUGAUGUUGAGAGUUACCUGGAGGCUGUGAGUAGUGAAGGUGAUAAGUACAAUGGAUUCAAUCUUUUGGUGGGGAAUUUGUCCCAGACUGGCGAGACCAAGAUUGGAUGGUACUGUAAUAUUGAAGGAAAACAGGUAACAGUUUUGGAACCUGGGAUUCAUGUGUUAUCAAACAGAGUGUUGAACUGUUUGUGGCCCAAAAUGGCCUACGGAAGAGAAAAAUUUUCUGAAAUCGUAGAGGGAACUUUCUCGAAAGAAGAACUUGUGGACAAACUUAUGGGCCUGUUGAAUGUCAGGCAAAGGCAUUUCAGCUGUGGUGACGUUGAGAGUUUGUGGGGCCCUCAAGAUGAAGGAGGCAAUGAAAAUGUGAUCAAUGCCUGUCAGGCAAUCUUUGUCAACUGCAAAGAAGUGAAAUAUGGAACAAGAACCAACACGGUAUUGUUAGUUGAUGCACAUGGACAUGCUACUUAUGUUGAGAGAACCAUGGAUCAGAAUGCCUCUGACCCGGAUGAAGCAGAGUGGAAAGUAAGCACUUAUGAGUUUGACAUUUUUGAACAGACUGGCGACUGUGCUGAUAACAAGUCACUGAAAGAGAUUUUAUCUAAUGGAACAUGAAUUCAUACCUCAAAACCAAAAAAAAAGAAACGAUCAAUGAAUGGAAACAGUUUACUAGUGCAACCAGCCAGAAAAGUUAAAUAAAAUUGUUGCAAGGAAUGAACAUGUUGUCAAAGGUAGUUUUCUCACAUAACCGACAAAUUUGUUAAAGAAGUGUCAGUAGUGUGUAAUAAUAUGCAAAGAUUUCCAGUUGAAAUUUAACAGAUAGAUUCUAUGCUGAUGUAUGUCUGUUGAGUAAUAGAUCACAGAUGACGUCAAAAUAUGGUAAGACCAAAAAAAGGAAGCCCCGUGUGUCUCGGAUGUUUUCACCGCAUUUUGACAUCUCUUGUGAUAUAUUACUAAACAGACCCACGGUGACGUGGUAUUUAUUUGUUUUACACGAUGACGAAACAAAAAGUAUUUGAUGGUGACGUCAUGUAUACAUCUUUCCUCCAGUUUAUCCUAAGAAAGAACAAAUCAAAGUGCGCGUAUAAUUAAACUUAUUCGAUAUUCUACAUGUAUUAUAUUUCUCUAUUGCCGAAGCUCUUUCAUUGGCAUAACUUGCAAAGGAAAAUAAAUCAUAACCCAUUGGAUAU